AUGUGUGAAUGCUUCUUUUUGUCACCAUGUGUGUGAUGCAUGUGAUUCCCACUAGGUCUUCAUUCUCUCCCUUCCUUUUCUUGAUUUAAUCGUGUCCCAGCCGCAGUAAACACACUCCGAAUCUAGCCCUAGUCGACUACCAAUAACCUGUUGAAAAUGAAAACCCCUUCGCCCAACUGUAAAUUCUCGUAAUUUCAUCCUGCUCAGACGCUGGACCUCAAAGAUCUUUCUACACCUUAUCUUGCGAUCUUCAUUGCGCCUAUCAGAAUUUGACUUUACUUUCUCCGACUCAUAUGAGUUCAUGGGACGGAUUUCAGUCGGAUUGAAUAGAGAAUACAAAGAUGGGUGUUUCUGGAAAGUGGAUUAAAUCACUUCUUAGUAUCAAGAAACCACAAAAGUCACAACCCUCUGAAAAGGAUGAAAAUAGAACAACAAAUUUCGGGAAGUUUGGGCACAAGAGAAAGAAUUCAAUAGAGAUCAACAAUAACAUUUUUCAGAACAAAUUCCACCAGAAUCCUGCUGAAUUUGUUCAAGAUGUUAUUGAUAACUCUCCUUCCACUUCACUUCAAAUACAAAAUUCAUCUCAAACCAAAUUCCAAACUAGACAAGAGUGGGCAGCUAUACGAAUCCAAACCGCAUUUCGAGGAAUUUUGGCUAGGCGGGCCCUACGAGCACUGAAAGGAUUGGUGAGGCUACAGGCUCUUGUGAGAGGGCAUGCAGUGAGAAAACAAGCUGCAAUAACUCUUAGAUGCAUGCAAGCUUUAGUCAGAGUUCAGGCUCGUGUUAGAGCCAGGCGUGUUCGUAUUGCAUUGGAAGAAGGCCAAUCUGAACAACAGCUACAACACGAGGCUCAUGUUCGAGAAAUAGAGGAAGGGUGGUGUGAUAGUGUUGGAUCUGUUGAAGAAAUACAAGCAAAGUUGAUAAAGAGACAGGAGGCAGCUGCUAAACGUGAAAGAGCCAUGGCAUAUGCUCUUGCUCAUCAGUGGCAAGCAGGAUCAAGGCAACAACAAGCGACAGCUGUAACUGGAUUUGAACCGGAUAAGACAAACUGGGGAUGGAACUGGUUGGAAAGAUGGAUGGCUGUUCGUCCAUGGGAGAAUCGCUUCCUUGACAUCAAUGGAGUCAAGAUGAAUUCUUCUUCUUCCAAACAAGAUCAAGAUCACAACAUCAAGAACCAAUUAAUCAAAUCUAAUGGAAAGAAAAGUAUCCAAUCAGAACUUCCAAAUGACAAAAUCGGACAAUCUCAAUCUAAUGGAUUUGAUUCUUCUUCACCUGUUAAGUCAAGUAGUAUGCAAGAACCAUCUCCUGCCAUUGUGGAUAGCUUAUUACUUAUUGAUUCAGCUAAUGAAGGGAACUCGAGCUCAAGAUCCCACAGCAAUCCGAAAGAAAGAUCUUUAAUUUCGGGUAAUCAGGGAAAGAAGAGAAGGUCUCUGCCUAGUAGCGGAAAAAUCGGGAAAAGUACAGGGGCUCAAAUGUCCAGGCAACCUGGUAAAGCUGCUGCAAAAACACUGAGCACUUGAUCUGAAAAUGGUGAAAAUUGCAAAUGUUUGUAUAUAAAUGCUCAGUUGGAAUGAGAUUGUGUUUUGGGGAUCAGAGAUGUGAGAAAAGGUUAUGGGGUUUAGUUUGUAAUUAUUGAUUGUUAUUGUUUUUGUAACUAGCAAUAAUCGUUGUUGUAUUGAGAAUGUGAUGCAGAGUGGAAAGAAUUGUAUGUUGAAGUGAUCUUGUUGUACAAUGU